GAUUCUAUCUGAGUGGACAUUUUUAUUGUUUUGAUUAGGAAAAUAUUCUGGGCAGCUCCAGCUAGAGGGUGCGUUAUCUAAGAUCUAAUCUUCCCUCGUAAGAGUCAUGGAUGAGCAGACAGGCUCACCUGGAGCCAAUGCUGACAACAACAGCCAGAGAAACGGAGAUGAGAAACCCCGACGUGGCAGCUGGACCAAGGGGAGGAAGAGGAAGAAGCCAAUGAAGGACAGCAACGCUCCCAAGGCCCCCCUGACGGGCUACGUUCGCUUCAUGAACGACAGACGGGAGCAGCUACGGGCAGAGCGUCCAGACGUGCCCUUUCCAGAGAUUACAAGGAUGCUGGGCAAUGAGUGGAGCAAGCUGCCCCCCGAGGAGAAGCAGCGAUACUUGGAUGAGGCAGAGCGCGAUAAGGAGCGCUACAUGCGAGAGCUGGAGAAGUACCAGAAGACGGAGGCCUACAAACAUUUCACCAGGAAGGUCCAGGAGAAGCAGAAGGGCAAGAGGCACAGGGGAGAUGUCGGACACCAGGUAGCCAACGAGGCCCUUCACGAGAAGGAUGCAGAGGGAAAGGACAGAACUGUGUUUGACAUACCGAUCUUCACAGAGGAGUUUCUAAACCACAGCAAAGCACGUGAAGCUGAGCUGCGGCAGCUGCGUAAGACAAACAUGGAGUAUGAGGAGCGUAACGCAGCCCUGCAGAAGCACGUGGAGAGCAUGCGCGGCGCUGUAGAGAGGCUGGAAGGGGACGUCAUGCAGGAGAGGGGACGCAACGGGCUCCUUCACCAACACCUGGAGACCCUGCGCCAGGCUCUCAGCUCUAGCUUCUCCACUAUACCCCUGCCUGGCAGUGGAGAGACACCCACUCUUGAAACCAUUGAUUCCUACAUGAAGAAGCUCCAUAGCAUCAUUGUCAGUAACCCUCAAGAACACGAGAAUCUCAUCAGCACUGUGAGAGAGGUGGUCAACCGCUUGGACAGAUAAUUGGAUUCAAGUUCAGCUGAUGCAAUGGACUGACUCACAGGACAUUAAACAGACGCUCCUUCCUGGUUUAUGCCCUUCCUCUUUACGUCCAAUCUUCUUGUUGAUCUCUCAUUUCAGCCGAGUUUAAAACAACUUUUGUUACUCUGCUAAAGUGAUACAAGCGAGGGUAAUGUAGCGUCUCAUAUUUAUUUAUAAUUUUUUACUUCUGUUUUUUUUUUUGUAAACCUGUUCACACACUAUUAACAUAGCCAUAGUUUGUUUUAUAAAGUAAUCAGAGAAUAUUUACAACACUUUUCUGUUGUUAUUGCUCCUGUUCGGUCUUCACUGUCUGUUUAUAGCAACCUCCAGAACAAUAUCUAAGUCAUUAUCAGAUGUGUUGUCAGUGGAUUUGUAUUUACAUACCCAGGACAUACUGUUGAAGAUACUGUCUUUCUUUCAUGCUCUGUUGAGGUGAAAAAUGUGCCAUUCUUGUUUUCUUUUUUUUCUGUGUGAAAAGUGUUUGUGUUUUCA